AUGGCAGAUGGAAUAUUCUGGUAUCCAUUUCGGAGAUUCCGUGAGUGGUCAGGAGGAUCAAUGGCUCUGAUUGAUUGGAUGGAAUCUCCAAGCGCACAUAUCUUCAAAAUCAACGUCCCAGAGGAUAUAAAAGUGCAAAUAGAAGAAGGAAACGUUUUGAGCAUUAAAGGAGAAGGACUGAAGAAGGAAGAGAAAGAAAAGAAAGAGGAUUUAGUGUGGCAUGUGGUGGAGAGAGAAGCUUUUGCCGGUAAAGGCGGGUUUCUCCGACAGAUUGAGUUACCGAAGACUGUGAAAGUCGACCAAGUAAAAUCUUCUGUUGAGAACGGUCUCCUGACGGUGGUCGUUCCCAAGGACACAUCACCUAAGCCCUCCAGAAUUAGAAAUGUUAACAUCACUAGCAAGCUUUGA